AUGGCGAAAAUAACUAUUCUGGAUGAGGAUCUCAAAAUUGAGGCGAUGGAAGAUAAGAUGCUCAAGAACCCAUUGCAUUCCAAUCCUCAUCUUCCUGAACUGUAUGUUGCCUAUGCAAAAAAGGUCAAGGUGCAGGAGCAGGUGCGAUCAUUGAAGAAACAGAUCUGGGCAUCACAGGAUGUCCUCCAACUUGACAAGCUGAAGUGUCGGAAAUGUGUCCUUCGGCAGUUGGGUUUUGUCACCUCGGAUGAUAUUGUUGAUGUCAAGGGAUGUGUGGCUUGUGAACUCAGCUCUGGGGAUGAGUUGUUAUUGACAGAGCUCAUUUUCAAUGGCAUCUUCAAUGCUCUCUCUCUGGAACAGUGUGCUGCUUUGCUUAGCUGCUUUAUAUUUGAUGGAGAGAGCAAAGAGGAAACCAAAGUCAAAGCGGAACUUGCUGCUCCACUCUGUGUCAUGCAAGAGACCACCAGGCAUAUAGCGAGGAGGACUGUCGCAUCAUUCAAGGUGGAAUUGAUGGAUGCAGUGAUGCAAUGGUGCAGAGGCACAUCGUUCCAGGACAUCAAGAAGGGCAGUAUAAUCCGAGUCUUCCAUCGACUUGAAGAGCUAUUUUGA